GUGCGGAAUCCUGCAGGUGUUUAUUUUUAUUAUUAUUAUUAUUUUUUUGGGGGGGAAGGGGGAAAGGGGGGGCGGAUGACAGGAAGAUGGGGAUAUGGCAAGGAGAGGGGGAUAUGGAGAGGAGGAGGAGGAUGGGGACAAGGAGGACGACGAGGAUAGCGAGGACGACGAGGAGGAGUCGAGAUGGGGGAGGAGAAGAGAUGGACGGAGGGAAAACAGGAGGAUGAGUGGGAGGAAAAGACAUGGACGGCGAGGAAGGGGAGGACAUGAGGAAGGGAAGGAGACGAGGAGGCAUGGGAGGAGGAGGAGACAAGGAGGAUGAGGAAGGGCAGGAGGAGGAGGAGGAGGAGGAGGAGGAGGAGACGAAAAGGAGAAGGGAGGAGGAGACAUGGAGGAUGAGGAAGGGGAGGAGGAGCAAGAUAAUAGGAAUUGUGAUCUCCUCCUUUUCGCAUCCGCCAUUGACACUCAUUCCCCCUCCUCGUUCUCGUCUUCGUUCCACUAGGCGGCUUGUAUCGACAUCAGCAGCCAUGCCGAAGCACAUUCAUGAGAUUAAGGAUUUCCUGCUAACCUCACGGUGCAAGGAUGCAAGAUCCGUCAAGAUCCGUCAAGAGAUCCGUCAAGAUCCGUCAAGAUCCGUCAAGAGAUCCGUCAAGAUCCGUUAAGAUCCGUCAUGUCGCAAGUGUAACGGAUACCGACAAAGCUCUGUGUGUAACGGAACGGAUACCGACAAAGCUCUGUGUGUAACGGAUACCGACAAAGCUCUGUGUGUUACGGAACGGAUACCGACAAAGCUCUGUGUGUAACGGAUACCGACAAAGCUUUGUGUUAACGGAAACCGACAAAGCGGACAAGCUUAAGCAGUCGCUUCCUCCAGGUCUCCAUGUCACCGACAUCUAGAUGUCAAGGAACAGGCAUAAUAACGAGGAUGGCAGAAGCUGAGGGAGAAGACGGCGAGGAUGAAACUGAAUGUGGUUGCUCGGGAAGGACUUCUCUGGCUAUUCGUUUUUGAGGAUUCGAACGCCCGUCGUGCAGUUUAAUUACCUCCUGGCUGGCUCGCUGGACCUAUCUUCGAAGACGGCGAUUAGCAAGCAGGAGUGGGGGGAAAAGGAGGCGGAAUGCGGAUUUGAACUCCCGUCGUGCAGUUUAAUUACCUGCUGGCUGGCUGGCUGGCUGGCUGGCUGGGGUGGUCGCUGAAUUUAUUUUUGAGAUGGCGGUUAACCAGCAGGAGAUGGUGGGAUCCAUCUUUGAAGAUGUCGAAUGACCAGCAGGAGCGGGGGAAAAGGAGGGAGGCAGAAUGCGGAUUCGAACCCCCGUCGUGGCCUACUAUCGGAGUCGAACCGAUGACCAUUGCAUUACAAGUGCAACGCUCUGUCCUCUGAGCUAAGUAGGCUUAAAACAAGAUCUCUAUGAUAUGUACUCAUCAGAUAUGAAUAUAUAUGCGCUCUGAUAUUCCUGUGACAAUGUAUGAUAUGAUAUGAAGAAUAUGAGAAUAUAUAUAUACAAAUAUAUAUACAAGUAUAAGUACCUGCUGGCUGGCUGGCUGGCUGGCUGGCUGGCUCGCUGGAUCUGACUAUGAGAUGACGAUUAACGAGCACGAGUGGGGGGGAACGGAGGAGGAGGAGGACUGGGGGGAAGGAGAGACAGCGGCAUAAUGUGAGGGGGUCUCAGCCGGUUAUCUCCUGUGUCCUGUGGGCAAUCAGCGUGCAGUGUGAUGCAUUUGUGAGCUCAACAAAUGCAGUUUUGUCUG